UGAACGGUCACACCACUAGUUGGAGAAAGGCACACAUGUGAUAAAGGAGAAUGAAACAGCUCACUGACGUGUUGAGACACAGCUGAUAAGGAAAACAAAAAACUGACUUCAAAAAACAAACCAGCUCAGUUUCAGUGGAAGCCAGAAGCAGCAUCUGGUCUCUUUUCUCUCCCAGCAUCAAGAAGAUGUGUGCAACAGUGCUGAAGAUAUUUCCAGUUCUAGCCAUCCUUGCAGGCCACGCCAGCGGGGUCGUGGUGACAGUCCCUGAGAAGACAGUGAAUGUCACAACAGGUGGAAAUGCAACCCUCCUCUGCACAUACACCAGUUCUGCACCCCUGGGAAAUUUCUUUAUUCAGUGGAGUUUUUACAGUGCCAAAGAGAGCCAGCUGCACACCAUCUAUUAUUAUUCAGGAGGCCAGUCUUACUCCUAUGGAGCAUUUAAGAACAGGAUAACAGCUUCAACAAGUCCAGGGAAUGCAUCAAUAACAAUCUCCAACAUGCAGCCCUCAGACACUGGUUCCUACACCUGUGAAGUUUUCAGCCCUCAGGGCGAUGCUGGGCAGAGUCAAAAAUCUGUGAUUGUCAAUGUGCUGGUCAAACCAUCAAAACCUUUCUGCAAAGUAGAAGGAACCCCUGAAAAAGGCCAUCUGAUCUACCUCCUAUGCAACUGUUUAGAGGGGUUGCCUCGCCCCACCUACCACUGGUACAAGGUCGAUGAGAACACCCUCAAGCCUGUGACAGAACAACUUGAUCCAAACUCUGGCAUCCUUUUCAUUGGCAACCUCACCACCUUUGAAACUGGCUACUAUCGGUGCAUAGCCAGCAACCUGCUGGGGAACAGCACCUGUGAGCUGGACCUGACCGCCAAGCAUUCAGAUGGUGGUGUUGUUGCUGGAGCACUGAUUGGAGCAAUUCUGGCAGCUGCUAUAAUCUGCAUUAUUGUUUGGGUCUUAACCAAGAAGGCAAAAAAUAGGAAGCCAACAAAUAAUGAGAUGCAAGAAAUGGUUCAGAAACAAUCCAAUGCAGACUAUGUUCAGGUACCCAAUGAAGAAAACAUUCCUGUGACCACAGUUCCAUCGAGCAAUGCAACAAAUGAAUACCCAAGUGUUGAUGAAACAGCAGCUCCUGCAACACCUGAAAAUGAUGAGAAGCAAGAAGCAGAAAAAGAAGAAACAGCCUAGAGCUCAUAA